AUGACGGGCUCAUUCUCAGUCUCUCUCCCAUCUAUUUGUAACACCACAACCCAUAAUGGUCACCUGCUGGUGCUCACGCAUGUGACAACGAUGUGCCGACCGAUCACAGCCUUUCCCGUCUCUCUCCCCUGUCUGGCCCCUUCCGCCUCGCUCUACUGUCAAAAGAUGAUGUCAGAACAUACAGAAAUUUCCACAUCCAAAAGGAGCAGAUUAUACCAUUCUCUUGAUAUGAGCCCCAUGGAUGAGCGUGAUUUUGAUUACUACUCUGAUGAACGCUGGGAAUUGCCAGGUAAUGACUCUAAGAAGAUGAAUGAACUGCCCCCAGUUCCUGUAGAGGAGGGGGUUAAAAUAAUUGACUGUACCCAGACCUGCAACAAGUUUGGACUCCAUUAUCAUACUGUAUACCUGUGGUGUGUGAAGGAUGUGUGCGGCAUCAUUUGUGCCGUUUUCACCUGGCUGUUAGUGGCUUAUGCGGAGUUUACCGUUAUGUGUGUCAUUCUUCUGCCAGGUCCAUCUCAGAUGUACUCGUUUUGUAAUGCACUUCUUUUCAAUUGGUUUGUUAUUAUGGCCCUCACUGCUCACGUCCGAACCAUGCUAUCUGAUCCGGGAGCCAUUCCACGUGGAAAUGCUACAAGAGAAAAUAUAAUGAAGCUGGGUUUGAAGCAAGGGGAAGUUGUAUUUAAAUGUCCAAAAUGUGUAAGCAUAAAACCAGAUAGAGCACACCAUUGUAGUGUUUGUCAGCGAUGUAUUCGAAAGAUGGACCACCAUUGUCCUUGGGUUAACAAUUGUGUAGGAGAAAGCAACCAGAAAUUUUUUGUAUUAUUUACGCUCUACAUCUGUUGUAUGUCACUACAUGCAGCAGUUUUAUCUAUCAAUCAUUUUGUGGUUUGCAUUGGAAAAGACUGGAAAGGUGACUACCCACUGCCACUGGUGGUUUUAAAUUUACUUCCCAACAAUGCCACUGAUUUGACUCAUAUUCAGUUUGUAUGUCCUGCAUUUUCACCCCCUGCCACCACAGUGUUUUUGAUCAUUCUCAUCUUUGAAGGUCUUCUCUUUGGAAUCUUCACAGCCAUCAUGUUUGGCUCACAGCUCUCUGCUAUUUGCACAGAUGAGACGGGUAUUGAGCAAUUAAAGAAGGAGCAGGCCACUUGGGAAAGAAAAUCUCGUUGGUUGAGCAUCAAAUCUGUAUUUGGACACCCUUUUGGCCUUCAUUGGUUUUCCCCCUUUACAAAACCCCGCACCUAUAAACCCCUUCACGAACAAUAUUCAGUGUAA